AUAGUUAUGAAUGACUGCAUCAUCCGCGGUGACCUGGCGAACGUGCGGGUUGGGAGGCACUGCGUGGUGAAAAGCCGCAGCGUCAUCAGGCCGCCCUUCAAGAAGUUCAGCAAAGGGGUGGCUUUUUUCCCUCUCCACAUUGGUGAUCAUGUCUUCAUAGAAGAGGACUGUGUGGUCAAUGCAGCCCAGAUCGGUUCCUAUGUCCACAUAGGCAAGAACUGUGUCAUUGGCCGCAGAUGCGUUUUGAAAGACUGCUGCAAAAUCUUGGACAACACAGUCCUACCUCCUGAAACAGUCGUCCCACCUUUCACGGUGUUCUCGGGCUGCCCAGGACUCUUCUCUGGGGAACUCCCGGAAUGUACCCAGGAGCUCAUGAUUGACGUUACAAAGAGCUAUUACCAGAAGUUCCUGCCACUCACACAGGUCUAGUAGCCCAUUUCAUGUCUCAGAGCAGUAAAGGCACUCAGGAGCGUUCAGGGGGUAGGGAGGGGGGUUGUUCAGUGAGACCUUGGCCCUCGCUGUUCUGAGCACUCUGUGAGUGUUCCUCAGCACUGACGGUCUGGCCAAGCAGCCUCCGGUGAGAGCUGCUGUGUCCUGUGCUUUAACCUUUGUGUGCUCAUUUGGAUGUCAUUCGUUCCACGUUGUCUGAAUCAUGCCAGUAAAUGUUCUGCAGUUGGGAGAGCUGAU